UUUACGGAAAGUAAGAUAUUAAUUGGCUGUCGCGUGAACUUUCGCCGCGCGGCAAGCAUUACCGCGUCUUGUGUGCAGGAGCAAUAACUCGACACGUGACGCCCUCUGCUAGUUGUCACAUUUAAAUAUGUACACAUAACCUGAAUUUAACGUGUAAUAUUGUAUUUUAGCAAAAUACUUGUAAAAUAAAUUCGAAACAUUCGAUAAUCAUUGAAAAGACGAUACUGCUCGACGAUACUUGUCCCCUGCAGGACAAAUUAAUCGAGAAAGAAUAGAUAAAUAAAAUUUCCGUAGUGAGAACGCGAAUGUCGAACGUGAUCGUGUUGAGCGAUUCAGACGAGCCCGCGUCACCUAUUGACGAACGCUACGGGAAUGAAUGUGAUAAUGAAAUUAACGGGAAAUAUGGGGAUUCUGACGCCACGAGCGACGUUGAUUUCCCGGAGGUACCGUUCUGCUGUAGGACGGAAGGCUCGACGUCGCGGAGCGACGAGAAUCUAUUUGAUUUGCACGUCAACGAUGAUUUCAAGCGCGCUUGCCGCAGAUCACAUGCCAUGUCCGAUUCUCACGAUUCUCACGAUUCCAAGGAUAAUUCGAUCGGGAGGACAUUGCAAAAGACAACCGCGUCCAAGAAGAGUAAGACCAUGUUAAAAGACGAACGGUUGAAGCGACAGCAAGCUUUGGCAAGGGAAAAGGCGUUACGGGCGAUCGCCUCGAAGAAGUCGCGUGACAUGAAGCCCGGUGAAUGUAUAAAAUUCAUGGAAGUCAAUCUUGAUCAAGGUAUCGACACGUUCUCUUUUUCUAUGGAAAUUCAAAAUGUUCUGCGAGAUGCUAAUAUUCAAUUUAAAGUAACUACUGAAUCAAUCCCGAACAGUAUCACAUGGCGGCGAAAUGUCGAGGAGAGCUAUGUGGGCGAGAAUAACGAGGUAUGCUUGAGAAGAAAUGUGCAAAGUGAAAAGUACACUAUUGUUAUUUGGAGCAACCAUGAAGCUGUAAAGCACAUUGCGGAUGAUACUCUUUGCGCAUCCAUUUCAAAUUGUAAGGCUUUGAUACCAGAUCACAAUAUGACCUUGGUUAUCUUUGGCAUGGAGGAAUAUUUCACAUAUUACAAUAAGGUUAAAGGGAAACCGAGUCAGAGUUCUAGAGGUAAAGGAUCAAAGUGUAAGAGCAAAUGCAAUCAACAGUUUGAGACUUUCCCGAUUAUAUCGAGACAGCAACUCGAGAUGGGUCUGACUGAAGUACAAAUAGUAGCCAAAUGUAGCAGCAGAUUAAUUGAGAAUGCACAGGAUUUAGCACUGAUGAUCUAUCAGUACACAAAAUCUAUCUCGGAGAUACCAUAUAAAUUACAGAAGAAGGAAAGUGUGGAAAAUAAGUUUCAGUGGUAUGUUAUGGGAGACAACAGAAACACUGUACGCGUAGACAAAGAUGGAAAUGGAUUGAAGAGAUUGUGGCAACAGCAGCUGUGCCAGUUUAAUUUGAGUAGCUUGGAAAUAGCAGAGGCAAUAUGCACUGUUUAUCCAAGUCCAAUACAACUUAUUGAGGCUUAUAGAAAUUGCACAUCUGAAGAGGGUAUGAAUUUAUUGAAAGACAUACCAAUCAGAAGAGCGGCGGGACCCCUCACGGCUGUGCGUAAAGUCGGUCCGGAACUAAGCAAGAAAAUGUAUUUGAUGUUCACGUCGCAAAAUGGAGACACUCCACUGGGAACUGAAGAUUAAGCCGUAGUCGCGAGCUUUUACAGCAAUACUGUCUAUAAGUAAGAUGGGUGACACACAGAAAGAUGUAAACAGUAAGGCUGGGAACGCACAAACUUGACAGUAAAAUUUAAACAGUAAAAUUUAAACAAUAAGAAAAUUGACCAAUCACAAUCGACGAUUCUCCUUAUGGUCAAAGAAUAAUCGAGUGUGAUUGAUCGAUUUUUUACUGCUUACAUCUUGUUGCUUCAGUUUUUCUUUGUGAUUUUUUGGAGACCGAUGGUCUCAUAAAUUGGAUUGGAUUAAGGAGUUGAAAAACUCUCGUCCCAUCAACCCUAUAAGAAGAAGUUUUUCUUCGUGCGUUAAGUUUACGAUUAUGUACGGACUUCAAUUUACAACAAGCAACUUGCAGCUUGUAACGCAACUUGAAGCGCGAUGCGGAUAUUCCUAUGCGGAGGCUCUAAGUUUUACUGUUUGCAUUUUUCUGCAUGCCACAACCCUUAAUUUACUCGUUAUGUGUUUUUCACACGUUGAAGUCGCGUAUGAAGGUAUUGUGUGUAUAUAGUGUUUAAUUUAUGGAAGUAAUGUUCUCCCGCUAUCAACACCCCGCAUAUAUUUGUCGUCUUUCGAAUUCUUUGGCCAAUUCGGUAUUAAUAGCGGGCAUUAUGUGUAUAUGGAAGAGAAUAGAUAUAUUUAAUAUUAUUAAGCGUUUAUAAAUAAUCGAACAAUAAAUAUUCCGUCCUCUCUCUCUUGCAUGUUGUGUCAUGCACAUGUAACACGUAGAACUUAAAAGUAGAUCGCGCUUCAGAAUUUGUAUACGCGAUAUAUACAAUAAUAAAACACGUUAAUCGUGGCUACGUUGAAAUUUAGAGAUCAGUACAGGAUUAUGUUUAUAUUGUACUGUUAGAUCUCUGUCGAAAUAAUAUCGAUUUAUCGUGUCGAAAUACAUACUUCGCGAACAUCGCGUAUCGCACAAUCAACGCAUCACUAAGACUUCUCGUCGCGAUCAUCUUGAUUGCUGAUGUCAGACGCGAGAAAAUAUACGCUGAGAAUUCUUGCAAAAUACGUAGAAAUAAAAAGAUGUAUCCAUAAAAUGACACUUGCAAUCGUUCGAGUAGAUAAUGAGUAAAAUAGUUCGAACAUUUUCUUUUUGUUCUAACAAUCAAUAAAUAACUGUAAAUUGUUAACGUGACAAAAUCAUGAAGGAAUAUGGUUUAAAAAAGUAGAUUGCAUGUCACGUUAAUUUUACGAUCAUUGUUAAAAUAAAAGGAAAGUGGACUAGUGUUUUGUAGAUGUGCCCGAUCGAUUGCGAGUGUCAUAUCAAUGGGUAUAUCUUUUUAUCUUAACGCAUUUUCCAAGAAAUGUUUUCGCAAUUUUUAUCGUAUUUUUUCUCGUCUCUGGCACCAUCAAUCGAGAGUUUCGCGGCGAGGAGCCAGAAACCUGAAUAUUUCCCGAACAAUUCUAAAUAUUUAACUUCUUAAUUCUCAGGAAACAAUCCUGCGGAUUCUACGAUUGCGUUUCACCGGCAUUGCCAAAGGUGGACUGUUCCGGUUGCGACUCGUCCAAUUUCGUCUCGUCCAAUAUAUCAGCGAGACAGUUGUCAUCGGCGAGAGUGAUGGGUGACGUUGGAUCGAUCGUAGGCGUAGAUGUGUACUUGCGUUCUAUGAUAUUCGUCUUGAUGGCGUCCUCGAUCUCCAAUAUAUCACUCGCAAAGGGAUCCUCAUAGCUGGUUGAUACGCUAGAAGACGCCUGCACGAAUCUAUUGUCAUCCUUCUCGAAAGUCAAGAUCUUGGGCGCGCUCGAGUCAUCCGAGAUCUUCGUCGCGGUUACCUGCUCGCCUCUCUUGCUCUGCUGAGGCGGUAGCGCGUUCCUCUUCGCCAAGAUGAUCUUGGUAUACUUGACGGUCGGUUGCACCAGUCGACUUUCCAUCGGCACUCCGACUCUGUUCUUCGCCGGCAUGACGCUGCUGUUGCCGUUGUUGCCGCUCUGCGAUCGGGCCUGCAGUAUCAGGUGAUUCAGGUUUUGCAUAGGCAUAUUAGUCGAACAUAUAACGGCCUGCGUGGAGCUCGGGCCGAGCUUGCUCUGUUGUGUCUGUUGCAGUUUGUCCUGUUUAUUGCUUAUGAGAACCACUUUGGUGGUGCUGUUCAAUUUCGGCUUCUCCUGGGGCUCCUUCGUCAUCGUCGCCAUGACCGGUAUCCUGUCAAUGUUGCCCAAGUUGUCGUCAUCCUUGGCGAAUAUUAUCGGUAUGUCCAGUAUAUUUCCCAGAUCGUCGUCUAUGUCGUUCACGGGGUUCUUCUUCGGUACGCUCUGCUGAGGUUUCCCUUUCUGCUGCAGUCGCUGCAAAUUGUUCGUGUUGACGGUAAUCUUCGGCAUCGUCUUCAUGGAUUUGUGGGAAAUCUUUAGUUUAUUGGACAACGGCAAGACGCUGCCUGGACAGCCUUGGUUGUUGAACGGCAUGAUCACCGAUGAUGGCGCGCCUCGAUUCUGAAGCGAAUUCUCGAUAAUGACUAUGUUACUGCAUGAUGUAUUAUGUGAGUUAUCACUAUUGGUGGCUGCGGUCCCUUGUCGUGACAAGUGUGCCAGCUUCGACACGUCCAGCGAAUGAGUCGAACUGAGUAUCGCUGGGUGAGCGUCACUGCUUACCUCCAUCUCCUCCAUCGCUAUAAAAUACACACGUAUAUUUGUCUCAUUUGACUGGUAUUGUUUCGCUAAUCUGACUAAUAUAUAUGUUAAACAAAUGUCGUGUAGAUCGAUAGAAGUUUGGACCAAGAGCAUCUCUAUCUUACUGCAAAUCUAAAGACGACUUAGCUCUUCAUUAAUAGUUGUUACUUGAAAUUGAGAUUUUGAUUGAGUUAGGUGUGAGUUUCUCUAUAGAACAAGUUCCAAAUAACGACUAUUAAUAUGAGCUUAGCACACCAAAACAUGAGUCAGUCUUAUUUUAAUGAGACAACAGUCGCGUUCUCGAUCUGUGUCAAGUAAAUUUUUUCAGGGUAUUGAUCAUGUAUCUUUUCCUCUAGCGGGAACUCGUUUCAGGUGAACAUUUUCACAUUUCCAUUGUUCGAGAAAUUACAUGAUCACUAAAGUCGUCGAGUUGACAUGAAACUUUUCACUCCACCCGUUUCCGCUUUUAAGAAGUUACAUUAUCGUUACCCUGCUCACUACAUUCGCAAGAGAUCUAUUGCUACAGCCAUAAGCGCUUAUGCUGUUUUCCAAAAGACCUGACAUGCUGAAUAAGGGGCUCUUAUCGGGCGAACAUUGCUGGCAAUACCUGACACAAAUGAUCGUAAUUUAAUACCUCAGAGACCAAUUAGUUUUCUUAUAUUAUCUAGACACAUAUAUUGCAAUCGUUUGAAUGGCCGAGUGGACGGGACCAGGGAUUGGAAAUCAAAUAAAUUCGUGUGUAUUACGUCAACAAAAUAUUUAUUGAAUACAAAAUAAAAGGCAAUCUGGCGUUUUAAUGUUUACAAUUCGUUUUUAAUGCGUAUUUCAGGUUGCACGAUGCAAAUGCUUAUCAUUCAUCUACGGCAUAUUAAUUGCAUACGUAUUAUAAUAUGCAUAACAUAUGCUUACAUACGAUAGGAUCUACCGUGCAUAUCGUAUGUUAUUGAUAAAGAGGCAAACCGAGUUCUCUCGCCUUGCUUCCGUGCUUUACAGGAUAUUUUAUUGAAGAAAAGAGCUUAUGCAAAUUUUGAUAAAAUUGCCAUCAAAACAGUUACAUUACACGAAGUCAAUAAUUAAAAGUAAUAGAAGGGUACGUCUCAUCAAUAGUUUCUAGCUACUUUGGCUGCAAAAUGAAAAAAAAUAUGUUUAACGAGAGAAAGCUUGCGAAGCGAAAUAAGUCUAGCGUAAAAUUAAUAUUAAGCGACCUUAGGAGGAGAAUAUUUUGGUUUUACAUAGAGGAAGUUUACAAUAAAUAUAAAUCAAGCACAGACGCUUUUUAUAUAAAUUAAUAUUCUUUUCUACAAUCCUGUUUUACUGAUUCUGUUCUAAUUUGAAAAUUUGCUACGUUACGUAUCUUCCUUAUUAACACGCAAGGAGAUUUAUUUUUUUUUAAUUAUAUAUAUGUAUAUAUAUACUAUACAAUUAUAUAGUAUAAUACUUCAACCGCACAAAACACGUCUCACGCACGUAUAAUUCAUAAAAGUUUGGUAUAAUAUAUUAUCGUCUAUGUUCUAUGCGGUUUAUACUUUUUCGAGUCUAUAUAAUCAAGUCUGUAAGAAACUUUAUGUACAGAAAAACGUUUUUUCGCGACGAGAUUUGUGUAUAUUAUAUAAAUACUAUUCACAGUGCUGGAAUAUGACCUGUAAAUUGCAAAAUAUAUAGCAGCAUUCCAGCAUUAAAAAAAUUUCAGCUACUAACACUUUCAGCAUUAAUGCGCUUUGCUCUAAUUUUUAUUUCUUAGCAUAUUAGAAUAUCGAGAAUCGCAAUAAAAUUAUGAGAAAUUAAGUUUUCAGUCUGUUCCCUUUGAUGUGGUCUACCGUGUACCAAGAUCAUGCACAUCGCGCGAGUUAUUAUACAAUGCUUUGUGUGUACGAGUAUAAACGUUUAGUAUAAAAAUGUAUAUGCGUAUAUACAAAUCGUAUCGUUCUUUGACGUACAUCAGCGUGAGAAAAAUA